GUGACGCUGCUAACAAGCAGCCAAACUUGAGCCACCAAAACCCCUAAGAAGACGAAGACAACGCAUUGCACCGUCAGAGAUUUAUCUCUGAAAACGUAUUUGGGUUAACCAUCAUAUUUUAAGCAUCAGACGUAUUGUCUAAGUUAGACAAAAGUACACUGUAGAUCAAAAAGAAUUUCAUCUUUCAAGCAAUGUCUCUGGAUCUGGAUCCGGACGCACCAUUGUGUAUCUUAUGCAAGGAAGGAGAGUCUGACCAAGCCAAAUUGAAAUUAUACACUAACAACAGUGUUUACUCAAGACUGGUGAAGUCUUUGAAAGUUAUAAAGCAUUUUAAUUUGCGGCAAGGAAACUUCAACACAUUAAUCUUACCUGCCAAAAUUGCAAAGGAUGAUGAACUUUACUAUCAUUCUUAUUGCCACCAUGACAUAACUAAAAUUAACAAAAAAUUUUUGGAUGAAUACGAAGAGUACCUGUCUGCUAUCACUAACAGCAUAUCCGAUGAUGACGAGUCACAGCAUGACAGCUCAGAUGAAGUUUCCCAUGGCAAAAGUGGCAAAGAUGACGAUCCUGAUUACCAAGAUGUUUCAGCAGAUGAGCAACCCUUAUUCUCUGAAUCAGAAGAUGAAGAAGAUGACCCAAACGCGAAUGUUGAAGUUUUACUUGAAAACGAAUCUGUCUUGCUCGCUCAAAAAGUUUGUGUUGUAUGCGAUAAAUACGCGAGUUCGUCGAAAAAGUUGAUCGUUUCGAAAUCCCGACUCGUGUAUAGUAAUUUGAAAAGAGAGAGUAAAAAGCACGGACACGCAAUGUUACUAGCCAAGCUUAAAAUAUUCAAACGAGAAAAAAAAUUUCCAGCUUACCAUAAAACGUGUUACAGCGCUGUUAUAUUUUUUAAUAAGGAAAAAACUGCUACUGAUAAUAAUACACGCAGAGAAUUAAAACGAGAUGUUAUUUCUACAAUUGAUCAGUUUAUAGAUCGUGAAAUUGUUGGUUUCAAAAAAUGUAUAAAAUUAUCGCAAUUGACGGAAGAGUUUAAACGGUUACUACAGGCCUCAUACGAGAAGCACAAUUUUUCACUCGAUAAGAAUUAUCGAUAUAAAUCUAACUUGAGAAAUCAUAUACUUAAAAAUUAUAAGAAUCAAAUUAAAUUUCAUACGAUCGAAAACGAAGAGUUCUUGAGUAGGGAAGACGCAGUUGUUUAUAACAGCAAAAAGGAAGCUCUUCUCGAAGAGGCGUACAAAACUGUUGCAAUGGAUAUUCGAGAAUCGUGUUUAAAUGUUCCAGUGGAAAAAUUACCACUUCUGUCGACCCAAAAUUAUGUUGCAGGUGAAUGUACCGAAUUACCGAAAAAUAUUAAACAGUUUUUUACCGAUAUACUUGUAGGCGACACUCGUAAACAGGCAAACAGCGAGAAAAACCGGAAACUCGCCAAUUCGCUAACGCGAAAUCUCGUUAACAAUGUUAAUUCCGGUAAAGUAAAUGCUUCUAAGCAGAUUGAAGUAGGAGUCGUUCUAAAGAGUACGACCGGCAGUCGUAAAGUACUCAACGUGGUCAACAAACUCGGGCAGACAUAUAGUUAUGAUAUCAUUGAAUCCAUCGAACCUGCUCUCGUGACAAAUAACUCACAUAGUGACACACGCAUUUGCAUUCCCGAAAUUGUUUUUGAACCUGAGCCUAUGGCUUGCGUUGAAUUUACCAAUUUCGAUAAUGGAGCAACUGCUGAAAAGGAGACGGUCGAAAUCAUUCCGCAAAUUUGUCUACCACAAAAUGAGUCCGAAUCAUCAAUGUUUCAGCAGGAGACUAGCAACGCCGUGAACGAAGAAGUUGAUAAUACUGAUAGUCAUUAAGCUAACAAGUGUAGAUGAGAUUCCACAUCUGAGAUAUAAGUAUUUUCUUAUCAAGAGAACAAAGAUCUACUAUGCGACGGGCAAAUAAAAAGCAAUGAAGAGUGUAAAAUCGAUUAUAGCGAAGUAGAGAGUUAUGAAGGU